AUGGGGUGGGCCAUUGCAAUGGUUAAGGCCCAAAAGGAACAGCCAGACAAAGGCAAAGGGGACGCCAAAAAUAAGCCCCCGGUUAGUUCCAAACAAAAACCCUCAAAGGUUGAUAUUAAGAAGGCGAAAAAUGCUGCGAAAUCUGUGAAAAAAUCCACCACCUUGUCCAAAGUCAAAGUUAGACGGAAUAUACAUUUCUUCAGAAAGAAGACGUUGAAAAAACCGAGAACUCCCAAAUUUCCCAGAGUUUUAAAAACACGCCACUCUAAAAAAUUAGACAAAUAUUCAAUUGUCAAAUAUCCCCUCACCACUGAAUGCUCCAUGAAGAUGAUUGAAGAAAUCAAUACUCUCGUCUUUAUCGUAGAUCCUAGGGCUAACAAGAGAAAAAUCAAGUUGGCCAUGAAAAAUCUUUACGAUGUGGAUUGCCAGAGCGUAAAUACUUUGAUUCGUCCAGACGGGCUGAAGAAGGCUUUCGUUAGACUCUCACCCGACCAGGACGCACUGGAUGUUGCCAACAAAAUCGGCAUAAUCUAA